CACACAAUUGUAUAUAUGUUUUUCUCUCCUCAGGCUCUGGGGAUGCUCUUCUGGCACAAACACAACAUUGAGAAAUCUUUGGCCGACCUUCCGAACUUCACUCCGUUUCCUGACGAGUGGACGGUGGAGGACAGAGUUCUGUUCGAACAGGCCUUCAGCUUCCAUGGGAAGAGCUUCCACCGUAUCCAGCAGAUGUUACCUGAUAAGACGAUGGCCAGUCUGGUUCGUUUCUAUUACUCCUGGAAGAAAAGUCGCAGUAAAACGAGUCUAAUGGACCGACAGACACGAAAACACAAGAGAGAGAGAGACGACAGCGAAGAGGAAGUUGAGGAGAGAAACAUAAAUCCUCCCAUUGACUUUGAGGUCGACCCAAAUAAAGACGACAAGAAGGAGCUGAGUUCUGGAUCAGAGAGGUCAGAGGUCAAACCAGCUUCUGGACCAAAGACAGGUAGCAAGGCGUCUCAGCGGUUGAAGAAACGUCCUCCCAAAGGAAUGUUCUUGAAUCAGCAGGACGUUGUUUCUCUCUCGUCUUCGUCUGCUCAGGGACUCAUCAGACAACUGGACGGUCAACUGGUCUCCAUAAAGAGACAGAUUCAGACCAUCAAACAGUCGAACGGCUCUCUGAAGGAGAAAAUCAGCUCAGGAGUCAACGAGUACAGACAGCCUGAGGUGAAUCAGAAGUUUAACACUCGUUGGACCACAGAGGAGCAGCUGCUCGCUGUACAAGCCAUCAGGAAGUAUGGGCGGGACUUCCAGGCAAUCUCAGAUGUGAUUGGUAACAAGUCGGUGGUUCAGGUGAAGAACUUCCUGGUGAACUACAGACGGAGGUUUAACCUGGAUGAGGUUCUUCAGGAGUGGGAGGCCGAACACGGGACGGAUGGGGGAGACAGGAGAGGAGGAGAGGAGGACAAGAUGGAGGACAAGAUGGAGGAGUGUACUGCUGAGGAGGAGGAGUUCACUGCCACGGAAACAAAAGAGGACUCGUCCUCUCCGAUGGACUCCCAGAAGCCCCUCCCAUCUUGACUCUGACUCCGCCCUCUGGUUUUAUGACAUCAUCAUGAGUUUAUUAUUUUAUUUUAGUGUGUUGGACUUUUAUUGGUCAGUUAUGAGGGUUGUGUCAUGAACCUGUCAUCACUGCCCUCUCUGAACCAAUCAGAAAUCAAAGUGGGUGGGGCCUGUUUUGUCUUGUUUUUUCCCACAUAUUUCACUUAAAAAUGUUUUAUGUUUUUAUUUUUUGUCUUUGGGGUGGGGCUUCACCAUGUUGGAUGAUGUCACUCAGGUAUGGGGGCGUGACUAAAAACAAAAACUUCAUCAAUAAAUGAGUUUGUUUCUUCUCUUUUCUAAGUUCAGUGUUCUGUUUUUUGAACAAACAUGAAAAUAAAACACGUCAAUAUAUAGAAAUAUUCUUCAAUACUUUAAAGAUAAUAAUUAUCUGUAUUUACACCGAAGCUUUCUAAACUAAAAGAAGAAAACUGUUUCAAUUCAGCUGAAGAAUAGAGACAAUAAAAUCUAAUUUUGGGCUCAAACCCGUUGUCAGUUGUCUCAAAACACAGCCGGUGAGAGACGUUCAGAGAAAUUUAGAGGCGGUGAGAGAUGCUUAGAGGCAUAUAGAGACGGUGAGAUGUUCAAAGACAUUUAGAGACGGUUAGAGGCAGUGAGAGACGUU